AGAGGUCCUGCAGGAGGAAACUGAGAAAUCCCGAAAUCCAGGCGAUUUCCGCCUCUCGCUUCAGGAGGAGAGAGAAAGGGGGAGAGAGGCGAAGGCACAACUUGGACCGGGAAAGUUUCAGGAAAGUUUGUACAGUGAACCACCCCAGAACCCCACACCAGGCGAUGCUUCGCGCUUGGGCAAGUUAUUCAUCCUUCAGUAAAGUGGCUUUAGAACAGAUUUAAAGGGACGGUUUAACGAGUGGCCGUAGCUUUGUUCGUUCACCGAGCUCCGUUUCCACCCGCAACCGAUGUCUCAAUGUCUCAAGGUAACAACAAGGGCUGCAGUCACACACAGCAGGGAUCAGCAGCGCCUACAGCGCAAGGAACCCGACUGUCCCGGGACAGAGGUAAUGAAGAUGAAGGCAGAGAAGAUCACGCACUGUUGAGAGAGGACACUGCACCAUUCGAAGAGCAGGAGGUAGAGAACAAGACAGGGAGUCACAGUUCACCAGUAGAUACCAUAACGUGUCAACCGAAGGCUACCCCUUCAACAAGUUACUUCACACCGGGAAAUGCUGCACUAAGCUCUGCGUCAUCGCAAAAUGCAGUCAGACAGGACACCCAGCCAAACAGCACCAUCACUGAAGCUGCUUACAAGCCACAGAGUCCAGUUACCCUCUCUCCAAUUGGGCCCAGAGUGCACAGCAGUGGUGUGGCAUACUCAACACCAUCAACCUCACACAGCAAGCACAGCAAACUGCAGUCCUACCCAUCCAUCAACAGCCACAGCAGUAAGAAGAGCAAAUCCAGUUCCAGGUCAACGGCAUCUCAGAUCCCUUCCGAUGCAGAGGAAGACUGCUGCGUGCACUGUAUUCUGGCCUGCUUGUUCUGUCAGUUCCUCACCCUGUGCAAUAUCGUACUAGACUGUGCAACCUGCGGCUCCUGCACCUCCGACACCUCCUGCUGCUUCUGCUGCGGCUCAGAGGAGUGCGCGGCCUGUGACUUGCCAUGUGACCCAGACUGCGGGAUCGUGGAUGCAUGCUGCGAAUCGGCGGACUGCCUGGAGAUCUGCAUGGAGUGCUGUGGCCUCUGCUUCUCCUCUUAAAUGUGAAUCCUGGGAAUCUGGACUGGUGUUAAUGAGCGUAGGACCAGAUGGUUGGUUGUGAUGAAUCUUCGAGGUUCUAUGACAAACAAGGAACAGUUUGCAAAUCUCUUUUGCCCAAGAAAUUGAUGGUUGUCAAGACAUAAAGAUACGACGGAUGUCAGAGUGAUGUUAGUGGCAUCUAUUUCAGUUUUUUAUUAGCAGACUAGAAGGUUUGCCAAAUGUUGUUCAAACCCUUCAACCUCCAAAGCUUUCCGUGAACACAUUUUUGUUGUUCGCCUUUAUCCAUUAGAAUAUUCUUCUGAUAAUCUCAUGUUGAAUCAAAGAUUCAGUCUUCAAGGACAAGAUCCUGAUGUUGCUUCAUCAGCAAGUGGAGCAGGAAGAGGUAUUGUAGGUGGAAGGUUGUUGAGGGGAAUCUGGUCAGAUUGUGAGUGAGCACUGCUAAGGAGGAGUUAGUUCUAUGCUCCUGACCCCCACACUGCUCGGUCAACAUCUACCUCUCAUGCCUCCCAGUGGAUGAUUUACUAAGAGGCUUUGACAAAAUCCAGACAGAAAAUCAAUUCACUUCCUAUGCUUGACAGUGUUACAAUAUUACAUUGGUUUCUGGUAGGAGAGGAUGUUCAGCCCAUCUAACCCACAUAUCCACAGUUUUUUCUUUGCUGCAUUUCAGGCAAACCUGAAUCCCAUUGGGAGAGUAAAAGAUGGCUAGUUUUGAAACCUAUUAAUGUUACUGGGGCCCAGAAAUGGAAGAUUAUUGCACCUGUUUUACAAGAGAAAAAUAGAAAGGAUUUAACAAACUGCAUCCUAUAGAUGCCUAAAAGAUAUCCUUUCCAACAUUAUGUCAGACCACUAAAAUAGGAGUUAGGCCCUUUGUAUACACUAAUAAGUAACCAGAACUAGUUAGUGAAGGUUUUAGGUUUCAGGCCUCGCAUUGCUCUGGUCUGUUUUUCCACGUGUGAAGUUUAUUAUGAAGAAUGAAAAUUUCUAUGAAACCAGGAAAAACAAUUGUUUCCUGAGUUCAUUAUAUUUCCACUGGUCACCUUGUGUUAUUAUGGUCCCUCCCAUUGCCCUGCCCCUUUCCUCCCUUUACUGCUCCUGGUCUCCGAAUUUCAAUAAAGUGACUCAAAGAAUGAAACACCUAUAGAGGCCCUAGAUGAGAUCAUUUUUAGAAAUCGUAGUCAAGAUUUAAUCCUGUUCUACUUGUAUUGUGCAAUUAUUUGCUGAGUUUUCUUCUCCUGCUGGGUGUGGAAUGGAGAUUCAUCCUUGUUGCAAGUGCAUUGAACUUUGCUUCUAAAGUUCAGUUCCAUUGAUCAACUUACCACUUUCCCAUUUAACUCAGACAGUAGAAGACAAGUUUUUACCCAUUGACAUUAUUCUCCAUUACCUUGUAAAGAGGCAAUUAAGACUAAACUAUAGAUAUAGAAAGCUGCUUGACCACAGCCAAGUCCAACACUGGUCUUUCCUUUUCACCACAACCUUCUCCAGUUCUCCAUUCCCUGCUCCUAGACAAUAUCAGUCGGGGUCGCAAAUAGAAAAAAAAAACAGAUGCCCAGAAACCUGAAAUUAAAAGAGAAAAUGCUGAGGACACUCAACAAGUCAGGCAGUAUCCAUGGGGAAAGAAACAGAAUUAACUUUCCAGGUUGAUGACCUUUUGUCAGAACUAUUGAUAAAAGGUUCUGAUAAAGAUCAUUGACCUGAAACAUUACUUCUGUUUCUCUCUCCACAGAUGCUGCCUGAUCCACUGAAUAUCUCCCAGCAUCCUUUCUUUUUGUACCUGCAAAGGUUUGCUAGACAAUUAUCAUGACCAAGAGCAAUGGCUAAUCUCCCUCUGUCUGACCAGGGCCACUGUGCUUAACCCCAAUUUGUCUAAAAGAUUGACCUAGCUGGAAGCAAGUCUGUCUUGUGCAGUCCCUAGCUAUCAAUAGAAAUAGACUGCUCAGUGGAUGAACUCACUCAGUUAGGUUUUUAACCUUAAUCACAUCUGACCAUGUGCUUUAACGGCAGGUGUGACAUAGAUGACCAAACUUCUGCUUGAUGUGUGAUAAUAUUUUCUUUGGAACAUGUAAUCAGCACAAGUUAUAGGAACUAAUGUGCAAUGGAUGAGAAAAUAAUAUAAGUUUUACAAUGAGGUAUCAGUAUGACUUGAAGUCAAAUUGAAAAAAAGAAGGAAGCAGAAUAUUUGUUUAUCAUGGUGACAUGCUGUGGUCUGUCUUAUAGAAAGCUAAAAGCACAUACAGUAAUAAAUUUUUAAAAAGGACUUAGAUAAAUAUUUGAACAGAUGCGUUUGCUGGCUGGUGGGAAAAGAAAAGGGGAAUGGACCAAUCGGGUGCCUUUUUCAAAGAUCCAGCACAGUUCUAAUAAAUUGAAUGGAUUUCUGUUAUCUUCUUUGAAUUCUACCUUGAGUUAACAUAGUAACUGGAACUACUUAUUUAUCCCAUUACUGGAACACUGUUGUAUCAAUCUACUAGAACACUGAAACAGAACACAGCUGAAUUAGUAAGAGUGUUGAUUGUAAUUUCUGUGUAUUCCAGUUUGAUGCAAUAUAUUUUGAGUUGCUGUGUGAUGCUAUAGAUUGAAUAGUCACCCAGGCAGAAUGGCCCUCUUGUGAACGGAGCUAUAACAAGUUGUCUGCAAGUUUAAUAUUUUGCCAAGAUUUUUUACUUUUAAUAUUUUGCCAAGAUUUUUUACUUUUAGGGAAGCUCUCUAGACCUUUCUUGUAUUCCUCAAUUAUCCACUAAGCGUAAUGGUCAAGGUUGUUCAGAUGAUUGGGACUGCUCGGUUUACAAUGCUCCUGCACCCCACACACUCUUACCUCCUCCCUAUGUUCUCACAUUGAAAUCAAGAUUCAUUGCACCAGAUGCUCCAAAAUCUCCUUCCUUAGGAUAUCAAACUGUGAAACUCCCAAAUCCAUCAAGUGUAACAUUAAAUAAAUGGCUAACAGUUAAAGAAUUAACAUGUAAGUUGCAAGAAACAUUAUUCAUUCAAGGCAAAGAAAACUGACAGGAAAAGCGAUCCAGUUUGUCAAGAGAAAUUAAAGAUAAUAUUAAAUCAAAACCAAAGGCUAAAAGUGUUGCCAAAGACAGUAGUGUGCCUAAGGAUUGGGAACAUUUCAGAAUCUAGCAAAAGGAGAAACAAGGCAUCGAUAAGAAGAGAGACACAAGAGACUGUAGAUGCUGGAAUCUGGAGCAAAAACACAAAAAGCUGGAGGAACUCAGCAGGUCUGGCAGCAUCAUUGGAGGGAUAUGGACAGUUAAUGUUUCAGGCCAAAAUCCUUCAUUUGGAUGGAAGAUAAGACAGUCAUCUGAUAAGAAGAGAGUGGGAUACAAGAGCAUUAUAGCCAGAAACAAAAGGGGAUUGUAAGAGAUACUAAAGAUAUGUAAAAAAAGAAAAAAAUAGCUAAAAUUAGUGUAGAUCCCUUAAAGACUGAGACAGGAGAAAAUAUCUCGGGGAGUAGGAACAUGUUUCCAUGGCAUAAAACCUCUCAGAAAUAAUGGAGAGCUACAGGUUUGGGGUGAAUGAAGAGCUACAAGAAAUUAACAUCAUAAAAAAUAUAGUAAAGGAGAAAUUAAUUGGACUGAAACAUGAUAGAUUUGCAGGCCUGUUGAUCUGUAUCUUAGCCUUUUGAAGGGGUGGCUAUGGAAAUAGUGAAUGCACCAGUUGUCAUCUUCCAAAACUCCAUCAGUUCUAGAAUAGUCCUUGCAUAUUGGAAGGUAGCAAAUGUAACCCCACCUUUUAAGAAAGGAGGGAUAGAGAAAACAGGGGACUGUAGAUCAGCCCAUUGUAAUGAAAAUGCUGGAAUCAAUUAUUAAGGAAGUGGUGAUGGGGCACUUAGAAAAUAAGAACAGGAUUGGGCAGAGUCAGCAUGGAGUAGUGAAAAGAAAAUCAUGUUUGCUAAAUCUGUUAAAGAUUUUUGAGGUUGUAGCUAUCAGAGUAGAUCAGGAUGAACUAGUAGUGUGGUGCUUUUGGACUUUUUGAAGGCCUUUGAGAUGUUAUACACAAGAGAUUAUUAAAAAUAAAAUAGAGCACAGUAUAUUGGUUAAUAGUCAGAAAAAGUAGAAAUAAACUAGUCAUUUUCUGGUCAGAAGAUGGUGAGUAGUGAGGUGCCACAAGAAUUGGUUUUGAUCACAUACUACACCAUUGCUUUGGUUGAGGGGAGUGGCACUUUAAAAUUAGAGUUGGGCUGAGUAGAAUUGAAACCAUAAGGAUUUUACCAUGCAAAGUGAGAAACUGAACUUUCUGUCCCUAAAAGAAUAUGUAUGUGCCUAAAAGAUUAUUUCUAGGUGUGCAGUGUAUUAUCAGGAAAACACAGGUAAGAAAACAGCUAUUGUGGAUUAUAGAAUAACUGAAGUGUUUAGUGACACAAGUUCAGGAUGCAGUCAUUCUAACCUGCAAUUGUUUGCUGUAAAAAUAAAGGCAGAUUUGCAUUCCUACAAAACCUUUUGCAACCUGAGGAUGUCCCAACGUGCUUUAUAGAAAAUGAAGUAUUUAAUGAAGUACAAAUUAGGUAGCACAUUGGUACAGCUAGAAAAACUGUUGUGUCAUGGCCCCAGUGACUGGGGUUCAGUCCUGUUCUCUGAUGCUGAGUGCAUGGAGUUUGCACAUUCUCCCUGAGACUGCAUCAAUUUCCCCUGGGUGCCCUGGUUUCUUUCUACAUCCCAAAAAUGGAUUGGUUGGCAGGUUAAUUGGUCAUUGUAAAUUGCCCCUGGUGAAUAGGUGAAUAGGUGAAUGAUAGAAUUUGGGGAGAGUUGAUGGGAAUGUGGGGAGAAUAAAAUGGGAUGCAUGUAGGAUUAGUGUAAAUGAGUGGUUGAUGGUCAGUGUGGACCCAGUGGGUGGAGGGACCUGCUUCCACAUUGAGUGAUUCUAUCACUAAGAUUGCUACACCAUUACAAUACAGGAAAUGCAGCAAUCUAUUAACAUAUAGCAAGCUCCCAAAAAAAAUCCAAUUUGAUAAUCUGUUUUAAUGUUGCUGGUUGAGGAAUAGGUGUUGGCCAGGACACCAUAGCUAAUUCCUUGCUCUUUGGAAUGUGUCAAAAGAUCUUUUACAUCCACCUGAGAGAAUAAACUGGAAUAAAACAGAAAAUACUGGAACUGCUCAAAAGACCAGGCAGCAACUAUGAAGAGACAGAGUUAGUGUCUCAGGUCAAUGUCUCAUCAGGACCAUCAGAGAUAUCAAAACCAGAAUAAACUGGAUAUGGAUUUAAUGCCUUGCCCUAAACACAGGAUGGUACAGUAUUUCAUUAGUACUGUUUUGCUUUUUAAGACCUUAACAUUCAGAGACAAGAGUGGUAUUAACAGUGAAACACAUAUAAUUACUGUAGUGAUACAGGUAAACAUUUGAUAUAAAACUGCUAGAGGUCUGACACCUUUCCUGCCGAUCAUUCCAACCUGAUCAUGGAAGCAUAGCUGUAUACAUGGUAUUAAAGGUAUCUGCAGAAAAGAUUUAUCUAGCAUGAAUGGGCAUGGACUUAAAAUUAUCACUGGAAAAUAGAAGGGAUGGUGGCAUCUUGUUCUUGGAAUGGAGAAGGUGAUGAGGAAAUUAAAAAGGUUACAAUUUUGAAAGAUUUAGAUAGGAAUAUCAUUUUCCAUUGUCUAAUGGAGCAAAGACUAGAGGGUACAGUUCCAAGGAAAUGGCAAAAGAGCAAAAGAUGGCAAUAGUGAAUUGUAAAAUGAGUGCUUAGGACGUGCAGUGCUCUGUGUGAUAGGUUGCUGGUUCAAUACCAGCCCUCAGAAUGGAAUUGGUUAUAAAAUUGAGGUGGGAAAAUAUGCAAGAUUUUGGAAAAAAAAGUGAGGGAAACUGGGACUAACUGGAAUGCACUUCAAAAGACCCAGCACAGACUCAAUGGCCUGAAUCAUCUUUUUCUGUGCCAUCUUAUUGGUCUAUCUUUUACCCACCAUGACGACAUACACUUCUUUCCUUCAUUAGUUCUUAUGCAACAUAAGCCUGUCAAACUCCAGACUGAUAAUUUAUUGCUAGUAUGUAAUAUUACAAUCAAAUUGAAUGAAUCGUAAUGUUCUCAUUUGAAAAUGCAGCCCAUUGUAUUUGUAUUCCUGGGCAAUUUUGUGUUGUCACGCUAUUAGUGUAAUAUUGUUUAAUAUGGGAGAUGGAAUGGCAUAACCAUAGAUGUCCUUGCUACCAGCAAUAUAGUUACUAAGGGGGUGUGAGGACUUGUAAAGUUACCCCUCAAUAAGUCACUGCUGGUCAAAUGCUGUAGAGCAAAGGUGCAGUAAUAUGGACAGAAAAACAUAAUAUUGUCAAUGCUGGAAAUCUGAAAUGCUGAAAAUACUCUGCAGAUCAGUCAGCAUCUGUGGAGAAGGUAACAGAGUUAACAUUUCAGGUCAAUGAGCUGUUAUCAGAAUUGCAAAAGCAUUGACUGCUUCCUAUGCUCUGCCACUGGUGAUUGUGCCUUCAACUGCAUUGGCCCUGUGUUCUAACAUUCCCUGCCUGAACUUUCUCUGCCUCGUUCUCCCUCUUUAAGGUGCUUAUUAAAACCUACCUCUUUAUUCAAGCUUUAAGCCACUUGUUUUAAUAUUUCCUUGUGGCUCAGUGUCAAGUUUUGUCUGUUAAUGCUCCUGUGAAAUACCUUGGGAUGUUGUACUACAUUAAAGAUGCAA